AUGAGCACCAGUCUAUCGGCGGAGAUACCGUACUCAAACGAUGUUAGCACGACAGGAACCACGAGCCCGCGCGCGAAGGCCACCACAGCGAACAACAACAAUGGAUCCUGCAUCCCCGAGCAGGGAAAUGAUCACGACGAGCAGCACCAGCAGCAGCAGCACGAUCGCUUUGCGUACGCCAGCGAUGAGCCGACGAGCGGCGACACGCUAGCGUCGAAUCCGACGAAUGAAUCCGAAAGUCUGGAGGACGACGUGGAGGAGGUCUACCAAACGUGCAAUAGUCAGUCGGUGGUAGCGUGGAUCAACGACGACGAUGAGCUGGAGCGAUUGGACUUGCCGAUGGUGCUCGAUCCCACGAGCACCGUGUUCAACCGGGUCGACAGCUCGGAAAUUAUUUAUCAGGAGAAGAAAAAGAAGUGCAAACUGGUCGGCAAAUACGUGAUGGGUGAUGUGCUUGGCGAAGGAAGCUACGGCAAAGUGAAGGAGGUCCUGGAUUCCGAAACGCUUAGACGACUGGCCGUGAAGAUUCUAACCAAACGCAAACUAAGACGCAUUCCAAAUGGCGAACAAAACGUUCGUAGAGAGAUCAAGCUGUUGCGCAAGCUGCAGCAUGGCAACGUGAUCAAACUGCUCGACGUGCUGUACAACGAGGAGAAACAGAAAAUGUACCUCAUCAUGGAGUACUGCGUCGGAGGGCUGCAGGAGAUGCUCGACUCGGUUCGGGACAAGAAACUGCCGAUGCACCAGGCGCACGACUACUUCGUGCAGUUGCUGGACGGCUUAGAAUAUCUGCACGGCCGUGGCAUCAUACACAAGGACAUCAAACCGGGAAACCUUCUGUUGACGUUGGAUCAUACGCUUAAAAUUUCCGACUUUGGUGUGGCAGAGGCACUGGACAUCUUUGCGCCUACGGAUGAAUGUACGACCGGUCAAGGAUCACCUGCUUUUCAGCCACCGGAAAUCGCCAACGGCCAUGAGGUAUUCUCAGGCUUCAAAGUUGAUAUCUGGAGCACGGGCGUUACACUGUACAAUAUAACUACCGGAUUGUAUCCGUUUGAAGGUGAUAAUAUUUAUAAACUGUUAGAAAACAUAGGAAAAUGUGAGUGGAAACCGCCCGAGUUUUUGGAACGCCGUUUGGCCGAUCUACUGGUUAACAUUCUUCGAGCUAAUCCGAUGGAGCGCUUCACCCUCCAAGAAAUACGGCACCAUGAAUGGUUCCAGUUUGCACCGGAUGCUACAAGCCCAGUCGUACCGAUACCACCGUUGAAACGUGGUAACGUUGAACCGUUCAAGCUUGAUUGGCUUAGAUGUUCCACUGUGUUGCCUUACCUGAUAGCUCACCAUUAUGAAGGCGAUCGUGAUACGCCAGCCGUUUACUUCACCGAACACGAUAUACACGAAGAAAUGGAUCGCCAGCGUGGAGAGCAAGAAGCUUUCCACAAUCCCAACCACCUCGUCCCGAUGGACUCGUUGUCGUUUCACUCCGAGGAUAACGAUGGUUCGCGGUACGGCCAUAGCUACCAGCCGCAGCAAUAUAUUACUGGUCGUGCGUCGGAAAAGAGGCCAUCACGAAGCUUCUCACUGUCGCCGAAACCCAGCAUGAGGCACACCGUCAACAGCUGUCCCGCCACGACGGGGAGCAGCAGCAAACGACGGUCGCGUAAAACGGUUUCGUGUAUAUCGUGGCGAAAGUGGCCCCACUGCCGGCAAUCGUGAAGUGCUUUAAAUACUUUCCGCGUGUCGGCAAACAUUUUGUGAACUCAGGUUUCGUAUGCGCUUCUAAA